AUGGUUUUCUCUGCCUCUGAAUUUAGACCUUUUACUCUCGAAAAAGUCGAACGCGUCAAUCACAACGUCAGUCUUUUCCGUUUCAAGCUUCCCAAUGAGACAGAUGUUGCUGGUUUGCCUGUUGCUUCUUGCGUUGUCUUCCGCUCCAACAUUACAAAGGAUGGUAAGACGGAAGAGGUCAUUCGCCCUUACACUCCUACCUCUGUCGAGUCCCUCAAGGGCUAUGUUGACUUUGCCAUCAAGGAUUAUCCUCAAGGUGUUAUGAGCAGCUAUGUGCAUUCGAUGAAGGUAGGAGACACUAUCGAUAUCAAGGGCCCUUUUGAAAAGUGGAACUGGGAAAAGAAGCCUGUUGCUCACGUUGGCAUGGUUGCUGGCGGUACUGGUAUCACACCUAUGCUUCAAUUGUUGCGCAAGGUAUUUGGCCCCGAAUCCACUGAUAAGACCUCCAAAUUCACCUUGAUCUUUGGUAACACUACUGAGGAGGACAUCUUAUUCAAAGACGAGUUGGAUGGCUAUGCAAAGGCUUUCCCUGACCGCUUCAGUGUUCACUACAUCUUGGAAAAGCCUGCUUCCGGCUGGACUGGUCACAAAGGCUAUGUUACUCUCGACUUGAUCAAGAACACCAUGCCCAAGCCCGAUGUCGAAUCCUCUGUUAUUUUUGUGUGUGGUCCCCCUCCAUUGAUGGAAGCUGUUAGCGGCGACAAGAAUCCUGACAAGAGCCAGGGCACUUUGAGAGGUUUCUUGAAGGAGCUUGGUUAUAUCCAAGAUCGUGUUUACAAGCUUUAG